UAUAUGGAACAAGACGUCCGGUACGAGAAUACAUCGGCUUUAAAUAUCAGAAGCAGCAAACGAUUCACCGGCAGCUAGCCGUGACGACAGUCAUCGCCUGCACGCUCAGCUCAGCUAUGAGCCUGAGCCGAAACCGUGCCAACGUGUACUUUCGCGACUACUUCCGCGACAGGUUCAACGCCGAGGUCACAAGUCACUUGGUCUGGAUGGCCAUGGUCCUGCCGAUGGAAUGCAUCACGCUGAUGGUGGCGUGGCUACACGUUCGAACCUUCGUCCUGCGGCAGUUUGACGUGGAAUUAAACAAGAAUACUCAGAUCAACAUCGAACUCUUCAUACAGAAGAAGCGCAACGGCCUGGGACGCAUCGGACGCUCAGAAUGCCUGCCGGUGCUACUGUUCAGUGCCUGGACCAUGGUGCACACCAUUACCGAUAGGAAUGCCGGUCUCAGGAGCACCACCGACGAAAUGCGGUGACAACACCGUGCAACCCACUUUACUUCGCCGUACCGGUGACGGUGGCCGCCUCCACGUCCCUCGUGCUGCCUACCUCGGGCAUCAGCCUAGCCGUGCUCACCAACCUCAUUGACGUCGGACCCGUGCAGCUGUUGGUCAUGGGCUUGACUCUGAAGUCCAUCGCUCUGCUCAUGAUCCUGCUCACGGUAAACCUCAACGCCGACUAUCACCGAUUGCCACACUGGAUAUUCACCGAGCGCCGGAAUCACACGACCACCACUAUGUUCUAGAAGUCAUGUGACACCUGCCACGCAUGUUCGACUGUUCUUUUAGCAGCCUUGUUCUUUCCUUCUUUUUUUUUAAUAGAUACGCGCGGAAUCAUCUCUGUGUUUAGGCAGAGCACAAUAAGAUGCUGUUUCGCUGAAUCUGUGUCUGAUAUUUUCUGUCGCUAUACUGGGUGUCCCG